CCCAGCAGAAUGGCUCCUGCAAAGAAGGGUGGAGAGAAGAAAAAGGGCCGUUUUGCCAUCAUUGAGUUCGUGACCUGGGAAUACACCAUCAACAUUCACAAGCAUCAUGGAGUGGGGUUCAAGACUGCUCCUCGGGCACUCAAAGAGAUCCGGGAAUUUGCCAUGAAGGAGAUGGGAACUCCAGAUGUGCGCAUCCAUACCAGGCUCAACAAAACUGUCUGGGCCAAAGGAAUAAGGAAUGUCCCAGAUCGUAUCCCUGUGCAAUUGUCUAGAAAUCGUAAUGAGGAUGAAGAUUUGCCAAACAAAUUCUAUACUUUGGUAACCUGUGUCCCUGUUACCACGUUGGAAAAUAUACAGACAGUCAAUGUGGAUGAGAACUAA